UAAAUCGGAAAUUAGGUGGUUCAGUUGAUUUUCCAUUUCUUAGUUUUAUUUUUCUGUGCCUUAAGAGUGAUUAAAUGGUAAAUAAUAAAUAAAAGAAGAAAAUAAAACCGAUUCAAGUGUAAUGCUGGCAAAAAAAAAUCCAGAAUACAUACGCGAUCACUCGAUUGUUCUUUUGACAGUGGCAUAUGACGAAGCACCACACGGUUGUCCUCGAUAUUUAUCCGGCACAGAAAAAGCAAAGAAAGUGCCGUUAGUAAUUGAAUUCUUCCUUCCGACUGUGUGUUCGUGCCGAUUGCGUCAGCGACGAGAAGAACGUGCCAGAAUUUAAAAAGCGAACUCGCGAUCGUAACGGAAAUAUGUAAAAUAAAGCCCUUAACACCCAACCAAGACACCCGACUAAGCCAGUCAGGUUUGGAACGAACGCAUUGCUCCAACAACCGCAACAACGCCUGGGAAUUGUUUCUAAGUGAAGUUAAUCAGCGUGAUCAUAACCCUCCUUAAUGCGUGCGCUUUGUCAAAUGUAAAGUGUCCAACAACAACCGACCGACCGUGUGAGGAAGCACUUGGUUUUCAUUCAAUUCGACCAGCACUGGAUCACGGUAAAGUGUGUGUGUUUAUUGUGUGUAACGAGAAUUGCGUGUCUCGCAUUCGAGUGAAUGAAGAGUGAUGUUGGUGAAGAAAAAAGUGUAGUUUGAGUGUACUAGUGCGCUCAUUAAAAUGAUACAAAGCAAGUGAUGAAGGUGAAGUGAUGUUCGUUUGUACGUAAAUGGGAAAUCAUCAGUGUUUUUCUCGCUUAGCGAAGUGAUCAGUGAUAAGUGAUUUACUGGAGCCUGUCGACCCAAAUAGAGAGUAGGAGAGUGUCGACGUAGUUCAGCGACAACAGGCUAGACCCCGUCGUCGGUGCUAUAUCUUCUUCCAAUGCCAUCACCACUGAUUCCACAAGGUAGCGGUGCUUGAAGCACAGAGACGAUCGGAGCAACCAGAGCGUUCAUGGAAAGGAAAACAACGCUGGCAGUGAAGCUUAUUCCAUCCUGAAGUGGGCUGCAGUUUCACGGUGCAUCGGAACGAAAGUGAUAUCGAAUCGUUGCAAGGCUUCACUGGCUAAACGAUCGUCCGACGGAAGCGAAAUAGAUCGCGAAAUAGGUGCGAGAACUGGUGCGCGAAACAACCGAUCGUACUCGUCGGCCUCGGGAGUACGAUUGCACGCUGAUAUCCGUUCGUGGUAGACUCGCGCGCUAAUCCGGUGCCGAACCUGCAGCAGGACAGAUCCUCCUCUACUGCUUGCGAGUGCAGGAGUGCAGCUGGUUCCGUCACGACGACCUCGAGUCUCUACCUUAUCUGGUUCUGCGAAAGAAAAUCUUGCGUGGGAAAGGUCACGCCAUAUAGAGGAAACCCGCGACCUAUCGUCCCGAUGCCCAGUCGGUGAAAAAGUGGGCCGGUGUUGAAGGUGCAAAGAAGGACCGCGCGAAUCUGUAUGCAGCGGUAAAGCACAACAUUCUAUCGAUCGUUUUACGUUGUGUGUGUAGUGUUGUUUAAUUCGUUACGUUGGAUUACCCGUUCACGUCAUGUUACGACGCGGUGCUAGUGGCUGGUGGAUCUCGGUAGCCCUGCUGACGGCCUUUACCGCCCGGACUACCGUGGUGGCCCAAUGCCCUUGGCAGCGGGAGGUACCCGAUCUGCAAAACUCUUGCUUAUGUGCCUACAACCUCGGACAGGAACUGUCCGUACAAUGUGAUCAAGUGGAUUUUCCCGUGUUAGUUGAAGCCUUAGACAAAUAUGCGCGUGCAACUCCAUUGGAUCUGCUGUACGUAAACAAUUCGACGAUCGAGCAGCUAGAAGGGGGUAUGUUCGUCAACUUGAAGCUGCACAACGUCCAACUGAGCAGUUGCAAAAUGCGACAAAUCAACGAGAAAGCCUUCCAAGGACAAGAGGCAGUUCUGAAGAACCUAAAUCUUCAGGAUAACCUACUAGAAGAGGUACCAAUUCGAGCGCUUAAACCACUCACCAUUCUAAACCUCCUCGAUAUCUCGAAGAACCGAUUGCACAGUGUGCCAAACGACGCAUUUGCUGGAUUGCGCAAACUAUCCACCCUGAAGCUGUCCGAUAACAACGUCACACUUGCACCAUUUGCUUUCCGCGGGCUAGAGGCAAGCCUGAAAAAUCUUAACCUCAAAGGCACAAAACAGAAGCGUGUCCCGGAGGCAGUUCGUGGUUUGCGAACGCUUGCCUUUCUCGAUCUCUCGCAGAAUGGCAUCCGAGAAUUACCCGGUGGGGCUGGCGUGAAAUCUUUUGAUGGGUUAGACGCCCUGACCGCACUCAAUCUUGAAAGGAAUCUUAUCCAAAGCUUGGGUGAAACAGCAUUUUCCGGUGUGCGAAAAACGCUUAGCUCGUUGAGUUUGCUUAACAACUUACUGGCAGAGUUCCCGGUUGGAGCGAUUCACUCGCUGCGAGAGUUGCGUGUGCUUGAUAUCGGUUUCAAUCUUCUCACUGCAUUGCCUGAGACGGCGUUCCGAGGUAACCCAGCCGUAACGCUGCUAGCUUUAGAUGGAAAUCCACUACCAACCGUGCCAGAGAAAGCAUUAGCUCAUCUUAAUCGAACGCUGCGAGGAUUAUCGCUCGGCGGUCGCUUCUUGCACUGCGAUUGCAAGUUGCGCUGGGUGGCCGAAUGGAUCCGAAGUGGUGAUUUACAGGUAACUUCACGCGAACGUAAUCCACAGUUCUGUGGCUCUCCAAAUCGCUUCCGAGAGCGCGGCUUUUACUCCAUCCAACCGGAGGAACUCACCUGUCCCGAGUCAGAGGUUGCUCUCGAAGGACCGGUCGGUGUGGUUGAAUCUUUGCUACCUAAAAUGACCACAGCUCGUACCACAACAGCUUCAUCUACAAUGACCACACUUUUAACCCAAUCGACAACGCUCAGUGGUAUUACCAAUGCUACAGUCUUUGUUGUAGCCACGUCACCCUCAACCACCACGCAGCAAGGUUCUUCAACGAACGCCGCAGAAACACAGUCUUCCAACAGCACAACGUCACAGAGCACGUCGCUAACAACAACGACACUUCCAACAAUGAAACAAUCCACCACAGCUCCAUCAACGACUUCCACGACGACCAAGACACCGGUUACGAAGAAUUGGCGCGGGAACGGUAGCAGCAACAACUCGCCUCCUCACAAACAGAGGCCCCCGCUUGUGCUCGGUUUCCCACCACAACGCGGUACCCAGAUAGACGACUCCAAAGAGGUGCAGGUUAAAAAUGCUUUCAGUUCGCGCCAGGACAACUCAGUGAUCAUCCAGUGGGACUCGGACACGGCCAACAUACUUGGCUUCCGUGUGGUCUAUCGUCUGUUUGGCGAUAAGAGCUUUAAGCAGGGUCCACCGCUAGAGGCGAGUGAGCGUGAGUUCAAGAUCAAGAACGUACCGUCAGCGGAAUGCAUUAUCGUGUGCGUGGUGUCACUCGAGGAGAUUAACGUAACGCCCGACAAUGUACCAUACACUCAGUGCCGGGAGGUGCGCACGGUAGCCUCACCCGCAUCUAACAUGGACAAGAUUACGAUCGCUGCCAGUGCUGCAAUAUGUGGCACAAUCAUCGUAGCGGUAAUCGUCUUCAUUGCCGCUAGCAGGAUUCUUUUCAGAAGACGUUCCAAGAAGCUGCAGUCCCUGUCGCAACAAAAGAGCGCUCUGCCGAUCGCCGGUCUGCCGGUCAAUUGCUGUGGUCCGACGCCGAGCCCGAACGGGCCACUCGGAUCGCUGGCCACACUGUCCGCGUUCAACUCGCACAAGCAGGACUGGGACCAGGUGUCUGCAUAUAGCGGUCGCUCGAUACCGCGACCACGCAUCUUCCCGUUGGAAAAUCAAGCCAUUCCAGACGAUCUCCGCAGUCACGUGUCCCACUUCUCGGCCGUCGGAGGCGGCGGUGGGGGUGGGCAGAAAGUAGGCAAGGCACGCUCGAUAGCCGAUGGACAGUCGCACCACAGUUUCUCCAAUCACUCGCAGCGCGGGUAUCUCGGUUCGGCAUUUCCCAGCAAUUUGGUUAACUCGCGACCAGAACUAAGACAGUCCAGACAGUCGCUGGCAGCAGCGUCGGAGCGUAUGUCACGAGCAUCAUAUGCAGGUUCAAUCGUACACGGUCCGGCCCAUAGUAUAGCUUCGAGCACAAGACGCACACGGCCAAGGUCUCGAUCGCGAGACCAAUUGAGUGGCGCGCAUAUCCACACCCAUCAGCAUCGUCCUGGCAGCCGAUACUCUACCGCCGGCUCAACACACACGCUCAACAACUAUUGCGACACGUCCGACAACUGGACCGAUCACGACAUGGACAUCUACAUGGCGCGCAACCCAACGGCACGCAACGGCGGUAUGGUGCCCUUAUGAGACCGGCUGCUCGUUUCCUGAUACGGUGAUCUACCGCACGAUUACGUUGAACUUUUCUGACAUCGACUCUCAUCCGACGGUCCUUUUCCGCCUCCCGCAACUGAUGACCGUCGGACGACGGAUAUGGUGCCGUGCGAUCAGUACAGUACGGAGGCACCGCCCGAGUAUAGCAAAAUUAACGAACAUGAAAUGAUCCCACUAGCAACGAUCCGAUACAACGACGAGUACGGUGUUGGCGGUGUGUCGGUGCAUCCUCGAACGCCACCAUUAUUAAGCCACAAGCCGCGUGACUGUCGGGCGACUACACCACCACUCGAGAGUCUGCUAGUGUCCCCGAGUGGCCCCGGUUACGUCGAGUUGGAAAAUUACUGCAAUCGGCUAAAGGAGAACCUACAGCACUGAACUGAACCAGUGAAGGAGCCAUUCCAACCAGGAUUCCGACCGUUAAUUUUUCUUUCUUUCUCCACCAACCUCAAGGGUGGCAAAACAUUGUAUGCAAUCAUAUACUUGUAAAACAAGCCGCUACUAAUUAGCGACACGGUCGAUCUAUGGAUAAACGCUAUUUAAAAAGCAUUGCAGCAUUAAUUGUAGACAAUUUCAAUGACCAGUUAUGAAUAUAAGGUAGUGGAUUUAGAAAAUGUAUGUUUAAGCAAAGCAUAACACGAAAAGCACAAAAUGUGGGCCUUUUUUGCGAGUAGCCUAAGUAAACAAAAACGUACUAAACAAAUCAACAAUAAGAAUGACUGAUGUCACCAACGCAAAUGCAUUAAACGAUAUAGUAAGACGACGGGAGAAACAACCCGAGACGCGUAGUUAAGAUUUCAACCCGCACUGGACAUACACGUUUACAUACCCAUACGUUCCCACGCGCACAUAUCAUCCAGUCUCUCCCAGGAGAAACUUUAUUAGGCAAGAAACUGUAGAAUAAACACUUGGCAAAGGUCCUGCAAAAAAAGGAAACAGGCAGUACUAAUAGAAAUCAUACAGCGAUUACGAUUCAUCCAAAAAACGGAAUGCAGAUAGAACAAGAAGCAUUUUUAGGAUGAUUUUGCAAAGGCAAACACUGUUUCAUACACGCAAUACAUUCGGGACAAAACGGGCUCUCAAAUAUAUACUCACGUUCUUCCCAUGUGUCCUGCACUUCCCAGAUCCCUUCCCUAGCAUCAAGCAAGCUUGUCCAACAGAACGUCAAAACCUUAGAUCCUUCAGGAAAUUGAAGGUUAGAUGUAACCGUGUUGUUUUUAGAUAAUCAUCUCCACUAUCCUUUCCCGACCAUGUUGUUUUCUGAUUUCUUGCACGUUUAUUGCAUCGUGUGCCAUCUCUGCCCGGUGUGUUUCUUGUUUUGUUUGUUUAGUUUUUGUCGGCAUAGGCUAACCUUUUUUCCGGAUGAGCGCUCGCAUCUUCUGUAUUUUUGUUUCCAUUUCACAUAACCUUAUCCUUACUUCUAAACAAACGAUACAUUAAAGGACCAAAAGGAAUCGUCUAUACUCAAUGGAAGAAUAACACAGAUUGUUUAUUAUUCGUCUUUUGAUUGAAUUAAUCUGACAAAACGGCGUCAAGCCGUCAUACUUAAAUAAGUAAAUAAUUGAAAUAAUCCAACGAAUGGACAAGGAGCAUGGCCAGGAUGUGAAUGCUUUUUAAAUUAUUUUCAUCAAUGAUUGAAAAUCCUUUUCAAUUAUUUUCACUGAUAAUUUCCAUCGAAAACCGACUCUUCUAACCUUCGUUGGGGUAUUUUAAUCAAUGUUCAAUCAUAGUUUAGUGCAAUCCCUUUUCCCACCAAUAAUCCUUCAUCCUUAAAAAUGCAUCCAACAACGAAUGCAGUUGUUAAGUUUGUCUUGUACACCGUAGCUCAUUCGUAACAUUAACGGCUAAACGAAAAGUAACGAUGUAGUUUAGCGAAAUGUGCUAACACUAAGUUUAACAUGCGAUAGUUAACAAAAGCAAAACAGAUAACAGAGAAAGAUUGACAGAAGGAUCUUCCCCACUUAGAGUUCGUAGUGUAAGACUAAUAACUAGGCUAAGUAUACCACUGUACGACCAAUCUUAGCCGUAGAUCUGUUGUUUAUGUUUUUGAUUGAUUGUUCGUGUUUAUACACGGUAAUAAAUGCAAUAAGUGUUGGGAUUGUAGCUUUUUUCUAAUGUAAUGAAAGUCCCGUAUUCACAUGAAUCAAUUGUCGAUUAGCAUAGUAGUAGUUCAAGCAAGAUAAAAUUAAUAUAACAUAUUGUAACCAGUAACAUCAAAUCAAAGGUCUAAACAACAAAAGGGAUUUGGAUAUUGGGAAUAGUGGUACUGUGGAUUCAACGGGGCUUCGAAUAGGGAAUUGGUUUAGAACAUUACUGUUUAGAAAAAUAAGAAGAGUCUAUACAUGUAUGCACUGUUCGAUAACUAAAAACAAGGCGAUCACUAUGUGUUGAUUUGUCGUCAUUUAUGUGAAGUUGUUUGCAUCUAUUUGGCCAGAUAAGCGAAUUGAAUGGAAGCAUGAUUAUUCGGUUUCAGAAAUUGCAGCAUAAAGACAAAUUAUUCAUUAGUAUAUCAAAAACAAGACAAAAUCAAAUCCGUACACCAAAUAUGAUAAGGCAAAAUACGCACGAGAUGGUAGACGAAACUUGAACAUUUAACUUAUUUCUUAAAAGAACAGUGCGAAUGUAAGACCAAUUGGCGGAUCAUUAAACGAAUGGUAUCUAUUUUUGUACGUAAACACAACAGAAAAUCACUGAAAAAAUACUCAGCAUAAGCAUAGAUGAAUACGGUGCGCACCCCAAAUGCCAAAAAGGCCAAUGGUGGACCAUGUGCAACCAAACAAGGCAGCCUUAUUUCAUUCAAUUUUGCGCACUGCAUAGUGAGUCUCAGUAAUAUACAUACAUUUUUGUUAAAUAACAAUUAUAACACAAUAUCUUGUGUCUUAUAUGGCUUGUGUCUUUUAGCACACGCAUAUGAAUAAGCCUUGCAGGUACAUAAGAGGACACGUCGAUUGAAUGCAUUGUGUGAUGUGUUAAACAAUUAUCGGUACUGUAAGAACCACCCUUGGGCGGUUCUUGACUAUAACGAUUCACGAAACUGUCCCUCUACCUUAUAAGAAAACGUAUUAUUGUACAAAACGUUACUGCUUUGGGUUUUUGAUCUUUUUUCUACAAUUUAUCCGUUUGAAACUGAUGUCAGGUUUUACGUGGUCGGAACUAUUGCCCGCCCGCACGCCCACCACCGCAACACCUUUUCCAUCGAUCAUCCUCAUCGUCCGAUACGAAAACUUGACAUUACAUGAAGACGGGAAUAAUGAACACAGUUGAAAGUUAACAUAAAACAAGCAGAUGAAAAGUGAGGUUGAAAAUGUUGUAAAGAGAUGCUUGUGGAUGCAUGUGCAAGACAGCUGAGAUAAGACGGUAAGUUAAAGGAGAAGUUAUCAUUAAUAAUAGAGAACCCGCAAGAGAAGAUUUGAAGUGUUGUAAUCGAAUCGACUUAGUUGUUAACACACAAACAAAUAUAACUCUAUUCUCCCUAAAACCAAGUGCAAUGAAAGCUACUGUCCAUGGACGAACGGAGACGUGACAGGAGACAUGUCAGGAGCAGAGAGUUCGAAUUUGAAUAAUAUUUAUACAAUAUACAAAUCUAGAAUCAUAUAUUGUAAAACUAAAAAGAUGUAACCCCCACUAGUUCUUCCCCACUGACGUAACAAAAGGGAACGCAAUAAAUACAGCUGUAUAUAACAAUAAUCAAAUGAAAUAAACAUCAAUUUAAAAGAUAACA